CUACGAGAAUGGUACGGCCAUAAUCCGUACCCGUCUCCCAGGGAGAAGCGAGAGCUGGCAGAAGCCACCGGGCUGACCACCACGCAAGUUAGCAACUGGUUCAAGAACAGAAGACAGAGGGAUCGUGCAGCGGAAGCUAAAGAAACAACUCGAUGCGAUGAUGGUUCGGCCGGACAGCUGUGCGCCAGCCCUGGUUACUUAGAUGAACCAAACGGAACUGGACAGACAUCACAAUCGAUGGGUGACCAUUCCCCGCAGAGUGACUUCAAAGAUUUGGACAGUCCCCGAAGUUUGAAGGGACAGUUAAAAGUUGAGAAUUCUCAACAUGUUGUCUAUACCGACCUUCAAAAAGCUGCGGGCUUGAAUUCAACACCGACAAUGCCAAUUAUACAGAAUAUGAUUUCGAAUAAUAAUAAUAAUAAUAACAAUAACAAUAAUAACAGUAACAAUAACACCACCAACAACAACAGUAACAACCAUCAGCAGCAGCAUCAUCAACAACAGCAACACCACCACCAGCACCACCACCACCACCACCACCACCACAAUAAUAAUAAUCAUAAUAAUAAUAACAAUCAUCAUCAUAAUAGUAAUAAUAGUAAUAGCAACAACAAUCCCACGAGUGCAUCGGUUCUUGGUGCCGUCAAUAACGGCACGAGGUCAGAUGUGCAGCAGAAUCUGAGUUCCAUGUUGUCUGACUACCAAUCUCUAUAAACCUCGUGGGGUAACGACCGAUCAGGCUACUGGUCGGAGAAUAUUAUUAAUCAUACAUGUAUAU